AGGGCAAAUCUAAUUGGUCACUUUGCUGUUCACGGAAACAGAUGACGGUUGUUGUAGGUGAUCUCUGCGCAAUGGCGGAGGUCAGACACCGGUUCGGGAGAGAAGCUUACAAGCGUUUAAAACCGCAAAAUCUCCCGCUUUUGGGUAAAGACUGUAAACCCGUCUCACAGGCAGCUUAUGUUGCAGCUUUAACUCUACACAAUUCACUACAGUUCCGUGAGACUCGAAAUGACCGUGUCCGCGCUGUUAAAGGACUGUGUGAAACCAGCCCGGCAGUUCUGGAGACUGCAGAAGAGAAUGUAAACAGACUCUUUACCCGCUUCACGGGUGCGGGUAGAGAUACACACAGCUUGAAAGUACCGUUGAACUUCUGCUCUGGAAAUAUUAGUAAAUGGAAUGCCUGUCGUGGAUUGAAGUCUAAUGCAUCUCCAGUGCACGUGCCGUCCUGGAAGAGCUCAAGUUGGGGUACACAUGGAAAACUUCAUAAAAAGACUCUAUGAAAUUGCAAAUUCUCAGUUUGUGUCUUUCACCAGAGCUUACAGUGCCUCGCAAAAUAACGGCAGUCGAGCUGGGCCACUAUACAAAUCAAAGUCUGGUUAUUAUGACAUUUUGGGAGUCUCUCCAACAGCCACGCAUGCUCAAAUUAAGACUGCUUACUAUAAACAGUCCUUUAUAUAUCACCCGGACAAGAAUGCAGGGAGCGAGGAGGCCACGUUCAUGUUCUCUCAGAUCAGUGAGGCUUACCACGUCCUGGGUAAUAAAGCUCUGAGGAGGAAAUACAAUCGAGGGAUCCUGAGUCAAGCAGACCUGCUGGGAUCCAGUAAACCCACUGGUAGAGAGAGUCCAACAUCAGGACAGCAGACCAGAGGCCGACACUCCCCCUCUGUUGGAGCCGCCCAGCAAAACAUCUUCGACUUUGAUACUUUCAUCAGAUCACACUAUGGAGAACAACUUCAGAGAGAGAAGCAGCUCCGGCAGCGCAGAGAAGAGAUACUCAGGAAGAAGAAGGAGAACUUUGAAGAUGUAAAACUGGGCAGGUUGAAGGAGAUCACAGUGGGGUUAAUGCUGGCUAUGGCAAUGGCAAUCUUAAUUAGCCUAAAGUCUAGCAAGUGAUUAAGAUACAGGAUACUUGAAGCAUAUCUCUUAAAUUUUAACAGCCAACACACAAAUAUAUGGUUCUGAUAUUUACAUUUACUUCUUUUUUUUUUAACAUACGGACAGUUGCAACAACCCCCUGAAAAGUUAAUAUUAUGGCAGGAUAUCCAUUAAAAUAUCCACAUGAUAUA